UAGGAAUUAAGUCAGCAUAGGAUGUGCUAACUUGCUAGCUCCAACAAGCAACUGUGUGUGUCACCUUUAAAAUAGAUAGAAAUGGAGGCUUGGGAAGAGCGGGAAGUACCUGCAAUGAAGAAGAGCUCAGGAAAGCGUCUGCCAGGCAGGUGUGAAAUCCCAAGUGGCUACAGUGACUUCUCUUCUGCACCCUAAACCAGAUAGCACUCUUCAAACACCUAGGAACACAUUGACACCAUUCUGUGUCAUUGAUCCAUCAGGGGACCUCAACAAUCAAUCACGUGCUGGUGAUUGAUAAACGGAGAAUGGGGCUUUGCGCUUUGGCAAUUCUGACAGUUCUCAUGUGUUUCACAGUAACUAAGAGCAGUAAACCAUUCUGGGGUCUGGAAAAUGAGGCUUUAAUUGUGAGAUGCCCUGAAAGUGGAGGUUUUCUUUAUCCCGUGGAAUGGUAUCACUUAAAUACAAAUGAAAGUAUUCCUACUCAAAAAAGAAAUUGGAUCUUUGUCUGGAGAGAUCGCCUGAAGUUUCUACCAGCCAGAGUGGAUGACUCUGGGAUGUAUGCUUGCGUUAUCAGAAGUCCUGACUUGAAUACAACUGGAUACAUGAAUGUCACCAUACAUAAAAAGCCACCAGGCUGCAACGUUCCCAGUUACUUGAUGUACUCAACAGUAAAUGGAUCAGAAAAAAAUUCCAAGAUAACUUGUCCAACAAUUGGCCUCUAUAAUUGGACAGCACCUGUUCAGUGGUUUAAGAACUGCAAAGCUCUUCAAGGACCAAGGUACAGAGUACAUAGAUCAUACUUGUUCAUUAACAAUGUGAGGCGAGAUGACGAGGGUGACUACACGUGUAAAUUCACACACACUGAGAAUGGAACCAGUUACAUUGUGACGGCGACCAGAUCAUUCACUGUUGAAGAAAAAGGAUUUUCUGUGUUUCCAGUAAUUCGAGCCCCUUCACACAACAAAACCAUGGAAGUGGAAAUUGGAAAAACAGUGAAUAUCACUUGCUCGGCUUGCUUUGGCAAAGGCCCUCAGUUCUUGAUGGAUGUCCUGUGGCAGAUUAAUGAAAGGAAUGUUGAAAAUUUUAGCGAAGCAAGAAUUCAAGAGGAGAAAGAACAAAAUCAAAGUUCCAGCAAUGACAUGGAUUGUUUAACCUCAGUGUUAAGAAUAAGCGAUGUGAGAGACAAGGAUUUGUCCCUGAAAUAUGACUGCCUGGCCAUGAGCCAUCACGGCAUGAUAAGGCACACUGUGCGACUGAGAAGGAAGCAACCAAUUAAUCAUCAAAGCACCUACUAUGUAGUUGCAGGAUGUAGUAUACUGCUAAUGCUCAUCAAUGUCUUGGUGAUAGUCUUAAAAGUGUUCUGGAUUGAGAUUGCUCUGUUCUGGAGGGACAUAGUGACACCUUACAGAACUCAAAAUGAUGGCAAGCUCUACGAUGCUUAUGUCAUUUACCCACGGGUCUUCAGGGGCAGCUCGGCAGGAUCCAGCUCUGUGGAGUACUUUGUUCAUCACACUCUGCCCGACGUUCUCGAAAAUAAGUGUGGCUACAAGUUAUGCAUUUAUGGGAGAGAUCUGCUGCCUGGACAAGAUGCAGUCAUCAUGGUGGAAAGCAGCAUCCAGAACAGCAGAAGACACAUAUUUGUCCUGGCCCCUCGCAUGAUGCACAGCAAGGCGUUUGCUUAUGAACAGGAGAUUGCCCUGCACAGUGCCCUCAUCCAGAACAACUCCAAGGUGAUUCUUAUUGAAAUGGAGCCUCUGGGUGGGGCCAGCCGACUGCAGGUUGGAGACCUUCAAGAAUCUCUCCAGCAUCUUGUGAAAAUGCAGGGGACCAUCAAGUGGAGGGAAGACCGUGUGGCCAACAAGCAGUCUCUAAGCUCCAAAUUCUGGAAGCAUGUGAGGUACCAAAUGCCAGUGCCAAACAGACUCCCCAAGAUGGCAUCUGGUGCGACUCCUUUGAGUGACAAGGCAUGCUUGGACCUGAAACACUUUUAAGUCGUGGAUCUGACCACCCAGAACUGGAUGUGUUCCAUCAGCACACCUGUGAUGGAGUGGACCUGUGAAGACUUGGGAUGUCAAGGGUAGCAGCCUCUGGCCCUAGCUAACCAGCUACUCUAGCUUGUUUUCCUGCUCGUGGGUGGGGCCACACCUCCCUUCUCUGUGCUCUCCUUUGCCCAUUUCAUCCCUUUGUGGCACAAGAACCUCCCUGUGCCUUUUGUUCUCUUUCACUUCUCUCUUCUUUCCUUUUAACCCUCAUCAAGAAUCUACUUUCUGGCUAUCAAGCUGGUGCUUCUAGAAUAAAAUCUGAUUCAUUUCUAAGAGCAUCCUCAUGCCCAGAGGCAGCACACCGGUAGUAAAUAACAUUCCCAGCACGAAUUUCUUUAUUAUUUUACUUGGCAGUUACCCAGUUUUGUCAUGUCAAUACCCUCAAAUUUUUCAAAUACCUUAUCCAAAUUGCCAUUCCAAUAAAGCUUUUUUUCUAUUUUAAA